AUGUUCACUGUAUUAAGUACUGUUUAUUUCUUAAUUGGAAUCGGUCAGGUGGUGCUGGUGCAGGCCUUUGACUGUCAUUGUGGUAAGCCGUCGGACAACAUAGUAGCCAUGAGGAUCGUAGGUGGACGACGAGCAGCACCUCACUCCUUCCCAUGGACCGUGGCGAUCUUAAAAAAAGAUCGCAUGCAUUGUGGCGGAGCGAUAAUAACAAACAAACACGUCCUCAGUGCUGGACAUUGUUUUCAAUGGGACAAUUUUAAACUGAUGGAGGUAUUAAUAGGAUUAGACAAUAUGGAAGACUUGAAGAAUGUAGAAAAACGUAACAUUUCAAGUGUUGUUAUACAUGAGGCGUUUACGUCAACUGCGGUUAGAGAUGAAAACGAUAUUGCGAUAGCUACACUAAAAACCCCGGUUCGCUUUAAUGAAAAUAUUAUUCCUAUAUGUUUACCCGAAGUAGGAGAAACCUUCGCAGGUAGGGUUGGAACAAUAGUUGGGUGGGGCCGUGUCGCUGUAGAAAAGUCAUCAUCAAAGGUUCUUCUAAAAGCAAGCCUGCGAAUUCUUUCUGAUGAAGACUGUUCAAAGUCACAAUUAGCACAGCAUUUGAAACCGACUAUGAUGUGUGCUUUCUCUAAAGGGAAAGACGGUUGCCAGGGUGACAGUGGAGGGCCUUUAUUAGUUUUUGAAACUGAUGAAAAGUAUGUUCAAGCAGGUAUCGUGUCUUGGGGCAUUGGAUGUGCUGAUCCCAGGUAUCCUGGGAUUUACACAAAAGUUAGCAACUACAUCGAUUGGAUCUUGGGACAUACUAAAGACGGAACUAGAUGCAAAAGUUGA